AUGAGUGAAUCACUACCGGACAGUGUGGACGUAAUCGUUCUCGGCACUGGAUUGACGGAGUCGAUAAUCGCAGCCGCAUGUUCCCGAUCUGGCUUCAAUGUACUUCAUCUAGACAGGAAUAAGUUCUAUGGAGGCGAUUGGGCUUCGUUCAAUCUCACGACAAUCGGUGAUUGGAAGCCGGCAGAAGCUGAAGCGGACAUUUCGAAGUAUGCUGAGAAACUUAGCGAUGGCGAAUCUCUAAUGCCUUUGGGUACACGAAAGACUGUACGCAAUGUACACCAAGAAUGGAUGCCUGGCAGGCGGCUUAUAUUUUUAGGUGAAUUAACUUUAUUGGUGAAACUUAGUGAGUCAAUGAUGACGGUGGAUAAGGGUGACAAUGCUGAGGAGAAGAAGGUGCGUGAAGUGGUGGAGUCUGAGUGGAGACGCUUCAGUAUUGAUCUAGUGCCAAAGGUGCUUCUAGCUCGCGGUUCAAUGGUACAGACAUUGUGUGACUCUGAAGUGGCCAAAUACGCUGAGUUCAAAUGCGUCGAUCGGUUCCUGUGUCUUCGUGAUGAAAAAGAAGAAAAACUUACUUAUAGCCGUGUGCCAUGUAGCAAGGGUGACAUAUUCCAAGAUGAGACCUUAAGCAUGGUUGAUAAGCGUAAGUUGAUGAAAUUCAUGACCUUCUGCCUUGAAUGGAAUACGAAAGCCGACGAAUUGGAAGGAUGGAAAGAAUACCAAGACGAGCCGUUUGAGACGUUCCUCGAGUCUCAAGAAAUCACUGGAGAACUUCGUAGCUAUAUUGCAGACGCUAUCGGGAUUCUCCAUCCUAACGCGACUACCAAAGAUGGUCUGGUAGCAGUGUGUCGCUUUGUUGAUUCGGUUGGGCGGUUUGGACCGUCGCCAUUCCUGACAUCGUUGUAUGGCAGCGGUGAAAUUCCCCAAUGUUUCUGCCGCCUAUGCGCAGUAUUUGGAGGCCUGUAUUGCUUAGGAAGACCUGUGGAAGCAUUGAUCCAAAAGGAUGGCAAAGUUGUUGGUGUGAUUGCGGAUGGGCACCGUAUUAAUUGUUCACAUCUGAUAAUGUCAUCCGAAUACGUACCGUCUGCGGUGGCAUCACAAGGUCCAGAGAAGUGGAUUGAACGAGCUGUGUACAUAACGAAUAAGUCAAUAUGGACGGAAGAAAAGGAACAUGUGACAUUGUUGAAUCUAUUCCAACUGGAUCCACCAUCAGCUUUACGUUUAAUUGAAGAAGGAUUCGAAGCCCAACGAAUCUUUUCGGCAUUUUGGCCGGAUCGUGACUUCCUGCCUCGUUCAUUGCCAAAACCCGAUGAAGAGGAGGAAGAGGUGGUCGAGGAGCAGCCAGUUGAACAAGUCGCAUGA